AUGCCUCACAGUGAAAGCAGUGGCAACUCAAAGACCCAUUAUAGGUUCAAGCACCUCGCUUGCAAUUCUUGCCGAAAGCGCAAGCUGAGAUGCAACGGCAACCGUCCACUCUGCAAGACCUGCGAGACCACCGGCAGAGAAUGCGACUGGGAAGAUACUCUUCGGAAGACUGGACCUCGACGAGGUUACGUGAAAUCACUGGAAGCUCGACUCGCUGAGGUUGAGUCUCUGCUUGAAAACCAGAAAUUUACGGGCAGCGACCAGGGUCAAUCCCGAACUGUCUCGGACGAUGAUGGACUUGUGGCAAUUGAGCACGAUCUCCAUGCAACACUGUGGGACAGCUACAUGCCAGGUUACCAGCCUUUCGGAGAAGCGGCGGAAACUUUGACAGGUGAUGUUAUGCAGCAUUCGACAAGCCCAGAGCAGGAUACCAACAUGCAAUCUGGCAAGAAUACCGCUUCCUGGGAACUCGCCGCUGUUGGGCUCCAAGAGCCUUUGCCAAGUCAAGAAGCUAUCGACGAGCUACACCAAAUUUUCUUUGAGAAGAUUUAUCCUGGAGCGCCCAUCAUCAACAAAGGCAGGUAUCUCGCAGCGAUGAAUUUGCCAGCCACAUCGCGACUUCGGCCACCAGUCUGUCUUAGUUACACGAUUUGGUGCCUCGCCGCAUCUAUGAGCGAGAAUUAUAACGCUGUCACAGAGCACUUCUACCAUCGCGCCCGGAAGUACAUUGAUGUGGAUGAAAUGGCUGGCAGAGGCCAUGGCGUCGUUACUCUUGCGCAUAUCCAGGCGACAGCCUACCUGGCAACUUUCGAGACACGGAUGCUGUAUUUCCCCCGCGCAUGGUUGAGUGUUGGCAGAGCAAUUCGACUGUGUCAUAUGAUGAACCUUCACAGGCUGGACGGCGCUGGCUUUGACGUCAAGGAAAUGCUGCCGUCAGCAAUGGACUGGGCCGAGCUGGAGGAGAGGAGGCGAGUAUUCUGGGCAGUCUUUGUACAUGAUAGGUACCAGAGUCUAGCAUCAGGCUGGCCAUCUGUUAUCGAUGAGCGAGAUAUUGCCACCAACCUGCCCGCGAGUGAGCAAGAGUUCAUAACAGGGAAGGCCACUCGACCAUCAAUUUCCCUACAAGUUGCCAUGACUCCAGAUGGUAUCAAGAACCUAACUCUUUUUGCAGCGACAGCCAUGAUAGCAGCUGUCGUCGGUCGAACUCUGACGCAUCUCCACCGGAAAGAGAUUGACGACGGCAGCCAGGAAGAUCCCGACAGUGCCUUUCGGAGACGGCAUGACUACCUCGACAAAGUAUUGCUGAACACCCUUGAAUAUCUCCCAACUCAGUUGCAGAUUGGCUCGAGUCUUCUCAACCCCACAGCGGUCCAGCUACACAUCAACAUCCAAGCAAGCACGAUUUGUCUACACCAGGCUGCAAUCUGCAAAGCCAGGAGUGCGCCAGGCAACGGAUUCGAUUUGGUGGAGAGCGGCAUGAGGUGUCUAGGAGCAGCAGAAACGAUGAUGACCAUUUUGCGGGUCGUCGAUGCUGCUAUCAUGGCGAAGGCCGGGCCGUGGUUGCCGUUCUGUCUGUACCUCGCCGCCCGGGUCUUCGUUCAAGAAUUGUCCGAACCAGAUCCUGUCGAUGCCCUCAAACAUUCAGAGUCGCUGAAUCUGCUCAUGGGCAUGCUCAGAUCCAUGAAGGCAAGGAUCCCAUACACGGUGACACUGCUUCUGCAGUUGGAGAGGGAUAUUGCUCGGUUUGGAACGUCAAAUCCGAUAGGGCAUAUUGUUGUCCCCGUCGGUGAUAUCACGGAGGUAUAUUCCCUCAAGCGUGCAACAACGGCAUGA